AGCAGCGGCGGCGGCGGCAGAAGCGAGAAGGGCGCCUGGCUCGGCCCGGCCUCCCUCCCCGCCUCCCUGGGCCAGCAUGGCCGACAGCGCCAGCGAGAGCGACACGGACGGCGGCGGUGGCGGCGGCGGCGGGGCCGCGGAGGCGUCGUCGUCGGGGCCGGCCGGGGGCUCCCCGUCGGCGGCAGCGGCGGGGGCUCCCGGGGGCGGCGGCGGCGGGAAGGCGGGCGGCAUCGUGAUCUCCCCGUUCCGCCUGGAGGAGCUGACCAACCGGCUGGCCUCGCUGCAGCAGGAGAACAAGGUGCUGAAGAUCGAGCUGGAGACCUACAAGCUCAAGUGCAAAGCGCUGCAGGAGGAGAACCGCGACCUGCGCAAGGCCAGCGUCACCAUCCAAGCCCGAGCCGAGCAAGAAGAGGAAUUCAUCAGCAACACCUUGUUUAAGAAGAUUCAAGCUUUGCAGAAGGAGAAGGAGACGUUGGCCGUGAAUUAUGAAAAGGAGGAGGAAUUUCUCACCAACGAACUCUCGAGGAAGCUGAUGCAGCUGCAGCAUGAGAAGGCAGAGCUGGAGCAGCACCUGGAGCAGGAGCAAGAGUUCCAGGUCAACAAGUUGAUGAAGAAAAUUAAGAAACUGGAAAAUGACACCAUUUCAAAACAGCUCACCUUGGAACAGCUAAGACGUGAGAAGAUUGACCUGGAAAACACACUUGAACAGGAGCAGGAAGCCCUCGUGAACCGUCUCUGGAAGAGGAUGGACAAACUUGAAGCCGAAAAAAGAAUUCUCCAGGAGAAACUGGACCAGCCCGUGUCUGCUCCUCCAUCGCCAAGGGACAUAUCCAUGGAAAUAGACUCUCCAGAAAAUAUGAUGCGGCAUAUCAGGUUUCUGAAGAACGAGGUAGAGAGGUUAAAGAAACAGCUCCGAGCAGCACAGCUACAACAUUCAGAGAAGAUGGCCCAGUACCUGGAGGAAGAACGUCACAUGCGAGAGGAGAACCUGAGGCUCCAGCGGAAACUGCAGAGGGAGAUGGAGCGGAGGGAAGCCUUGUGCCGGCAGCUGUCUGAAAGUGAAUCCAGUCUGGAAAUGGACGAUGAAAGAUACUUUAAUGAAAUGUCUGCGCAAGGAUUAAGACCUCGCACUGUGUCAAGCCCAAUUCCAUACACACCGUCUCCAAGUUCUAGCAGGCCCAUCUCACCAGGUCUCUCGUAUGCAAGUCACACCGUUGGCUUCACUCCCCCAACUUCACUCACCAGAGCUGGCAUGUCUUAUUAUAACUCUCCUGGCCUUCACGUGCAGCAUAUGGGGCCCUCCCACAGCAUUGCGAGGCCUUUGCCGCGAAGAAGCAACAGCCCGGACAAGUUCAAGCGCCCCACGCCUCCUCCUUCUCCGAACACGCAGACCCCGCUGCCGUCGGCACCCCCGCCUCCCCCUCCCCCUCCUCAGCCGGCUCCUUUCCAGCCCUCCCCUCAGCCCUAGUGCCCCGGCCAGCGAUCCUGCCUUCAGAGUUGGACUCUCAUCCCCCGGAGCAGUUUACUACAAGCCAAAGGCUUACCACGGUCAAUGUAGAGUUGACUGACUUGCACUGAAGUUGUCGAGGCUUCCACCGUUUCGUUGUCUUGUACCAGUUUGCCCAAGGACCUCCUCCGGCGUUAGCGCGUUGAACCCGCAUCCGAGGCGCUUCCUUCCGGGGAAGGAGGUGGGCGGCAGCGGCGGCUGAGCACCGCCCACCUCCCUGGGGGGGGGGGGAGGUCCCUCCCCCGUCUGCGUGAGAAGCGCCCUCUCUCUCUGUUUCUCCAAAACGCAGCCAUCGGGGUUGAGAUCUGCCACCUCCGCGUGAAGCAAGCCAACCCAAACCCAUCAGUGUUGAUACGGGAACAUCCAUCUACGCGCCUGCCGCGGCUGGCACACCAGCGCCUGCGUUGGGUAUUGCGGCCUCCCCCGUACAGCCUCUCCUUUAAACCCCCUCCCUCCCUCCCUCCCUCCCUGCCCUCCCCCGCUUCCUCCUUUCUGAGACUGAAACGGGGUGGUUCUCUCGGGUUCUUCACAACAUCUGGCCUUCUGCGACGGGAGGCAUAUGGGCUGUGCACUGCAGGCUCCCAGGUAUUGGCGGUGUGUUUCCAGCGUAUGCGGCAAAUCAGCCCUACAUUUCAGUACAGCUUUUAGUGCGAAAGUGAAAGCCCGACACCUCACCUCUCGAAUUGUGUCCCUUAAUUUCCAGGCUCAAGUAAAGCAUACAUGCGCAACCCCCCACCCCCACCCCCCAUUUAUCCAGUGUAUUGGUACUGUCUGAAAUGCCAGACCCUGUAAGACGUAUGGAUCUGCCUCCCUCCCUCCCUUCUUCCUCUUCUUCCCAUUUCCUCCCUCCC